UGGCGGAGUAUGAACUUGUAUGAAAUCCUAUGCGUAAUUAUCACGAAAAGCAGGGGACAUCUCAAGCUACCCAAUCAGUGCGAGACCAUCAGUGUUUCAUAAGUUUAUAGAGAGAAGAUCGAACGUGGCUCAGACCAAGUUCGUCCGGGAUAAUUCCACAGGAAAACCCUGCAAUUCUGCAAGCAUUUGGUGAUAUUUAACCAGAAUUCAUAGAAACCCACCGGAGGAGCAGAGAAGGUCAAAAUCGUUUCAAUUGGAUGAGACCCAUUAAGAGGGAUCGAUUCUUUGCAGUACUUCCCCUUGUUUCGUUGGGAGGAAUGCUUUAAUCUAUUGUGUAUGACAAGGGUUACUCUUUCACUUUGAGGGCUUCUGGUUAGAUUCAGGGCCUUUGCUGCUUCGAUCGUGGGGAACGUUAGGUUAUCUGACGAGCUGGGCGAAGAGUAUCGCUGGAUGAUUCUCUGGAAAUUCUCAUUAUUUCCUUCGGUUCUACAAUAGAAGAGUUGGACUGACCAAAGCUCGCUAGUUAGAGCAACUGGGAAUUCUAGCAGGAAAACAGUGAAAAACUUUGGAAUCUGAUGGCCGAAAUUGGGGCGAGAUGGCAGUGGCUGAGACCGCUUGCAAUGGUUGCGCUAAGCUUCCUUCUGGCUUCUGUGUUUGUUUCUGCAGAUCGGAGCAUUAAGCUCGAGGCUUCAAGUUACAGAGGAACUGAGGAGGUUCUAUCGGAUUAUCUUACGAAAGUUGUAAAUUUCUUGUGGCAGUCGGAUGACUCGGGUUACGGACAUGUCUGGCCUGAUAUGAAAUUUGGAUGGCAAAUCGUUGUGGGUUCAAUAAUCGGAUUCUUUGGAGCGGCCUUUGGGAGUGUAGGAGGUGUUGGUGGGGGUGGGAUCUUCGUUCCCAUGCUUACCCUGAUUAUUGGGUUUGACGCAAAAUCGUCCACAGCAAUAUCAAAAUGUAUGAUCAUGGGUGCAGCUGGUUCAACUGUUUACUACAAUCUUAAGCUGAGGCAUCCAACUCUUGAUAUUCCCAUCAUUGACUAUGAUUUGGCACUGCUUUUCCAACCAAUGCUCAUACUGGGAAUCAGUCUCGGAGUUUCUUUUAAUGUUAUCGUUGCUGACUGGAUGGUCACCGUCCUGCUAAUUGUUCUCUUUCUAGGCACAUCAACUAAGGCAUUCUUCAAGGGUGUUGAAACAUGGAAAAAGGAAACUAAAAUGAAGGACGCUGCGAAGCGCUUGGAGUCAAUUGGCUCUGGCAAUGAAGAAGUUGAAUACAAGCCUUUAUCUGGUGGCCCUAGCAACGCCCCUCAAAAGGAGAUCAAAGGAUAUGGAGAAUCAGAGGCCCCUAUUCUUCAGAAUGUCUACUGGAAAGAACUUGGCCUUCUUUUUUCUGUCUGGAUUGCAUUUCUUGCUCUGCAAAUCACUAUGAACUACACAACAACCUGUUCAAUAGUGUAUUGGAUAUUGAACUUAUCACAGAUCCCAGUUGCUUUGGGAGUGUCCUUGUAUCAGGCAGUCAGUCUGUACAAGGGACGGAGAGUGAUUGCCUCCAGGGGAGAUAUAGGGACAAACUGGAAAGUACAUCAACUAAUUUUCUGUUGUUCAUGCGGUGUACUGGCUGGUAUAGUUGGUGGACUGCUUGGUCUUGGUGGAGGCUUUAUUUUGGGUCCUCUUUUCUUGGAGUUGGGAGUGCCUCCUCAGGUUUCAAGUGCUACAGCCACCUUUGCCAUGCUUUUCUCCUCAUCCAUGUCAGUCCUAGAAUAUUACAUGCUUAAGCGUUUCCCAGUUCCUUAUGCUCUCUACUUUGUCGCCAUGGCAACAAUUGCUGCCUUUGUUGGGCAAUAUGCUGUUAGAAGGAUAAUCUUUAUCCUGGGAAGGGCAUCCAUCAUCGUCUUCAUUCUGGCUUUCACGAUCUUCGUGAGCGCAAUCUCAUUAGGGGGAGUCGGCAUAGCAAAUAUGAUUGAAAAAAUUGAGAAUAAGGAUUACAUGGGUUUUGAGAACCUCUGCACAUACAAGGCUUAGUGUGGACCUUUUUCAUUUUCUUUUUCUCCUUCCCACGAAAUUCUCUGAUUUAAUAUUCAUCGAUGUUAUUCGUUUUUAUAAGGCGGCCUAGAGGCAUCUCUUGCUUUUGUACAAAUCUUUGGAUUGCUAGGAUGAAAAUAACUGUUCAUUUACUUUUCUUUUGUAACUUUUAAAUUUCAUUUCAAGUUUCAUCUAUUGUAAAGAGCUUGUAUAUUAGUACUUUAAGGAUGGGUAAUUUCUUUUCCA